CUUGAAGAUAGGCCUUCCAACAGUCAUGGAGCUCAGAAAAUUAAUAUAUUUAAUAUCGUUUGCCUAUGGAGCGUUGGGUAUUCCAAAUGAUUUAGAUAAAAGUGUCGUGGAGAAAAAAGAUCUGAUGCCUAGUACGACUUCUGGGAAAACGUCCAGUGUUUUAAGGGAAAUAUUAAAUCAGGAAAGUCUUGUACGGUUUUCAAUGGUGCAAAAAAUUCAAAAGCUUGUAAUGGAUGUCAUAGACAACACGGACAAUGUUCAAAUUGUUAAGAAAAGACUACAAGAGGUGAUAAAGAAUUUACAGAGUUUGGAAAGCAAAGAGCAGGGCUUGGAGAUCGAAAACUACAACUUUAGUCAGAAGUUAAUUGCUUUAAAUGAGGCUAUGACAAUAAACAAAAAUAUGUCAAUAGGAGAGACACAAAAUAUUACUCAGCUUAUUGCAGAACUUAAGUCCAAAACGGAUGACUUUGAUCAACGUUUACAAAAUCUGGAAAGCAAUUCUGGGAGCUUUUUUGUUUCAGUCAAUGAAACACUGGAGGAUAUGCGUAGGAAUCAGAAAACUAACAACAUGCAAUUAUUAAAAAUCUUUUCACAACUCCCGAAAGAGUGUACACCUGGAAAAUUUGGAGCAAACUGCAACCGAGACUGUGGACACUGCAACGAUGCUGCUCCAUGUGAUUUCGUCUACGGUACAUGUUCACGUGGCUGUUCUAAAGGCUGGACUGGCAUUAUAUGUACUGAACAAUGUCCUUCUGGGAAGUACGGUGACCGAUGCAGUGAGACCUGUGGACAUUGCAGUGGUGAUGUAGCAUGUGAUUUUAUUAAUGGCACCUGCCCAGAAGGAUGCUUACCGGGAUGGGGUGGAUACCUUUGCAAAGCAUAUCCUACGGACUGCCUUGAUAUUAUGGACAAAGGACAAAGACUAUCUGGUAUCUAUAGGAUCCAUCCGUUGAACAACUCCAUAUAUAAAGAAGUUCUCUGUGAUAUGCAUACCAUGGGAGGCGGAUGGACGGUUUUUCAAAAGCGGCUUGAUGGAUCUGUGUCUUUCUCCAGGGAUUGGACGGAAUAUCAACGUGGUUUUGGGAACGUGUCUACUGAAUAUUGGUUAGGCAAUGAUGCAAUGCAUGCAUUAACUGUCAACUUAUCUUCCCUUUAUGUAAAAUUACGACAUACAAAUGGAAGCCAUUACUUCCAGUAUUACUCUGACUUCCGGAUCAGUGGCGCUGAUGAUGACUAUAGAUUACAUCUGGGAUCUUACUCCAACGGGACAGCAGGAGAGCAGUUAAGCUAUAACAAUGACCAAACAUUCAAGACCCCGGAUCACUCUCCCCCAAUACGAUGUUUCCGUUCCUAUACAGACGGUGGAUGGUGGUUCGAUGACUGUCAUUGGGCCUAUUUAAAUGGAGUUUAUGGGUCUGGAAAAUGGGUCAAUCCUUGGGACGGAACAAUUAAAUCUGGAACAAGCUUUGGCUCUUCACAAAUGAUGACUAGAAGACAAAGAUAG